AUGGGGGCCGGCGGGCUGUGGGUGAGGGCGGCGCACACGGCCCUCAGCGGGGGCUUGACGCUGGGGCUCUUCCUGCACCGCACAGAUCUGCAAAAGCAAGAGGAGCGCGGAGAGCUGCUGCAGCUGCUGAUCUUCGUCUUACUGGUUUUGUGCUCUGUCCUGCUGUACUUCAAGGUGUCUCUCAUGGAUCCCGGUUUUGUUAAGUCUGAAGAGGAAGUGAAGGCAGGCAAGAGUGAAGAACAAAGCCUGGUGAUACCCCAAGUUCCAAGUAAUAUUAAGAUGCGGCGUUGUGGUUACUGCUUGGUGAAGCAACCAAUGCGAGCCAAGCACUGCCAGCUGUGCCAACACUGUGUACGGCGUUACGACCAUCACUGUCCCUGGAUUGAGAACUGUGUAGGAGAAAAGAAUCACCCUCUCUUCAUAGUCUACUUGAGCGUGCAGCUUGUAGUUCUGCUGUGGGGAGGUCACAUUGCUUGGUCAGGCCUCUACUUUGAGCAGUCCUGGGACUGGCUGCAGCACAACAUUCUCCUCCUCAUGUCCUUCCUCCUGAUAGUCGUAUUCACCAUUGUUGUCCUGCUGCUGCUUAUUUCACACCUCUAUCUGAUCUCGUGCAACACCACCACCUGGGAAUUCAUGUCACACCAUCGCAUCUCCUACCUGCGACACUCCGAGUUGGAGAAUCCCUUUGACCAAGGAGUAGUCCUCAAUCUCUGGAGAUUCUUCUGUUCAUGCCACCUCACUGCAUGGGAGAAAAUCUAUUUUCACAAGAACAAUGAGCCUGUCUAGUCACGGUACUACCUACCUGGUAGAGUGCCAACACAGCUGCAGGUUGCUGGGUAAAGCUUUGCUAAUGCAAUUGCUGCUGUUUCCUUGCACGGAACUUCAGUAGUCAUGAACUAUGCAGCCUGUUCCACAACCUGUUCAUCCUGCAAAUUACAUUUCAAGGAUAGUCAGGGUUAUUUUUUUUAUAUAUGAAUAACACUGUUAAAGGGGAGUCGCUGGUUCUGGGAAGGCCAGCAGGGCUGAUUUCUGGACUGAGCAAAGGUAUCUCUCUAAAUUUACUUCCUUUUGCUAACUGCAUCCACAUCUUUCCAGAAGAGAUGCAAGAAUAGUGUGAGCAUCCAUGUUCACUUCUCUUCCCCAAAGUUUCCCUCUCCUUUUGCUGCUAGGGAACAGCAGCUAUUACAGACAAAACCAGC